AUGUCUUCAAGGUACCCUCCUCCCGCUAGAGACCGCUCACCACCCCGAUACGACCGACGACCAUCCGGCACGUAUGGCUCGUUAGGAUCUUCCUAUCGAGGACCGGCCGAGCCUGCACCGCUUUCAUCUGAUCGGCUGCCUCCCCGUGGACCUAAAGCGGAUUUUCGGGGUGGCGGGUUUUCUGGCUUCACUCCUGCUGGCCGUGGACGCGGUGGCUUCCCUGCUCGCGCAGGAGACGCUUGGGAUAGGGACCGUGACAGGGAUCGAGAAAGAGAACGCGAGCGAGAACGAGAGAGCCGCCCAGGGCCGCAAUCUUAUCGAGGGCGCGACGAUGAUCGCCUGGAUUGGUCUCGCCGCGAUCGCGAAUUCGGUGGUGCAGCCGAUCGAGGAAGGGAUGCGCGGCCCUAUGUAGGCAGAGAUCGCUCUGCUUCGCCGCUCCGCGCGCGUCGGGACUCCAGGGAAUCUCUCCCAUCAACGUUUGGCCGACCAUCAGAUACGACUUCAUCCUACUAUGCCCCUGCAACGCGUGGAGGCUUGGGCAGAGGCCGAGGCAGGGGAGACUGGGACCGGACCAGAGGUAGAACAUCCUUUGUCGGUGAGCGGGAUCGAGAUCUCUUCGCACCGAGAAGCCGGUCUCGUGAGAGCUGGAGAGAACGUGACCGCGAUUUCGACCGAGGUCGCCCUCCCAUUUCUGAGGCUGAGCGGGGCGAACGACGACACUAUGAUCGCAGUAGAGAGCGGGAAACCAGAGCUCGAGACCGUGACCUUGAUUCACGACCGAGAGAGCCAUCUCCUACUAAGACUUUCGCUGCCGAUGGAAGCGUAACCGCAAAGACACCUUCCAGUGCCAUCCCUGAGCGACCAAGCAAGCCAGAAUUUGACAAUAGCAAGCGCCCCGGCGCCCCGGCGACUCCUGCUGGUGCACUACGUGAAGGUCGACGUGAGGGAGAACAGGCAGACUAUUUUGGACCCCGAUCUGAAACCACACGCCGUGAUCCGCCCGCCAACACGCCUCAAUCAUCAGCUGCGGGUGGGCUUGACUAUGGACCUCCUCCCUCGAUUCCCCUUCCCACAACGUCUCCAACCGAGAGGCCAGCAGCACCACGGCCGCAAGCUCCCAAGCAGGAACCCAUUGCUACUUCCUCGCCCACUUUCCAGCCACCUAGCGGCCCAAAAGCUACCAGGGCAUCUAUUCCCACUAGCCUUCCAGUCACAAAGAAUAUACAACCUCACGAUGCGUGGCCACGUACUGACCCGGCCCUGCGCUCUGUGCGACCUUCCCAGACUCCUAAAACACACAGCCAUGUUGACGUUCAGCCCAAGAAAGAAGAGGCCGUCGUUGAGCAAAAGCCCCCAACAGCGCCUGCCGCAGAUCGUCAGAUGCCACCCAAUGUGCCAUCAGGUCCAAGGCUAGGAAGCGCGCCGCUCUACAAGCAGCGAAUGACUUCGACUGAACCUGCACCUCCUGUGCAGCCGCCGAGUGCGCCGAGGGAAGCUCCAAAGCCAACAACCUUUGACGCGAAACCUAUGGUCAUUCCCACGGGCCCACGACUUGACCGGGAAGCCUCAAGACCGCUACCCGGGACUGCAUCUGGAACCGGACGUCAUGAACGUGACGUGUCCCGACCGUCGCCUGGGACAGGCUUGAACGCUCCACGAGCUGAGAGAGAAGCCAGCCGACAACUUCUGCCCAGUGGUUCGAAUAUAUGGAUGUCAUCAGAUUAUAAGUCGAAGCCAUCCAUCAUGAAUGCCUUGAACAAGCCCCUUCAGCCAGACUUACGGGAUCGUCAAGCUUUCACCUCUGGGAGCUCUAGACAGCCGGGCACCUUUCAUAGCCCUUCUGAGAAAGCGCGGGGAUUGCAAGAAUCUCAUAAUGACAGUCUUCAUUCGAUCCCCUUGGGCCCCAAGGUAAUGUCAACAAGCCCAAGAGUUCAAGAAAGCAAGACCUUGGUAUCUCAACUCAAGCGGUCCAUUGAAGAGCCACAUGCUUCUGAAGAUAUAGAAAUGUCGGCUCCGGCCUCCAGCGAGGAUGAAGACGAAGUGGAAGACGACUCUUUUGACGAGGACUACUUUGCAGAAUCUGAGGAGAGGCACAAGAAAGAAAUGGAUUUGCUUGAAGUUAAAAAACCUCCGGCAACAUUUGAGGACCCAUAUAUUGUUUCUUUGCUUGUCCGAUUGCAGUUCCUCGGAAUGGUCUUGCAAGACACCUCUGGAAGUCCCAUAACACCCGCCACAAUCAAUGAAAAAGAGCCUACUACCGUGGCCACGCUUCCCACAGGCCUCCCCUCGCCCGAUCGAGGCUCGCAAGAUGUUGAGAAUAGGCUACUGGAAGACGGUCAAGAUGAGGUCGAUGAACGGGAAUCACCUCAUCCAAAGGGCAGACCCCUUAAACAGCCUCCCGUCAACCCCAUUCCUACUCCACCUAUAGAGGACUUACCAUAUCGCACGCUUGAUCGGCCGGAAAGAAUAGUGUUCGAAGAUUCUGACAACGAGGUUGAACAUGAGGCGGUGACCACCCUCCUCCAGCAAGAAUUUGAGCGCAAUGCCUGGGAUUGGAGGAGCGACCUGGAAGACAUGCACGCAGAAUACAGACGCAGAUAUCCCAUGUGGCGACAUGAGAUCAUGUCAUUAGACCACGAGAGGCGCGAGUUGCACGCCAGCCCAGCUCCUGCAUCUCCCGCUCCGUCUGCUGCUCCUUCGGUCACUCCGUCGUUGACACAUGAACGGACUCGAGGGGCUAGAAAUACCACGGAGGCGGACUUGCAAGCUGCGAUUUUGAUGUCACAACAGUCUCUGAAGGAGGAAGAGGAGAGAAGAGAACGCGAAGCUGCCUCUAGCUCAUUACCAAACUUGGAUCUCGAAGCUGUGGUGCCUCCAAUGCUGAAGCCUGCUGACGCGGAACUGCUGAUCUUCAAAGACACUAAUAGGAGCGUCCCCGACGACCUGGCGCUGGAUAUUUUCGCCUAUGUGCCUCCAGAAGAUGACUUCACCGAAGAGGAGCAAGAGCUGUUCAUUCAGGCAUAUUGUCUGAACCCCAAGAAAUGGGGCAAAAUCGCCGAGUCGAUCCCUAAUCGGACAUACCAGGAUUGUAUCAUUCACUACUACUUGACCAAAAAUAAGACCCGCUACAAGGACCUCUGGCGACGUGCCCAGCCCAGACGAAAGAAGCGAGAGAAGGCCGCAACCAAGCCACGCUCAACGGCCCUAAUGUCAGAACUCGUUGAUGGCGAGGAUGGAGAUACAGCCCAAGGAGCGGUGACUGAGAGUGGCAGACCAAGACGAGCCGCUGCACCCACUUUUGGUGAUCCGGUCAGCGAAGCUGACUCUUCGACCCCGGCGCCGCAGUCUAAGAAGCUCACUGCGGCGCUGAAGGAUGGAAGUGCAGAGCCUUCAACGGCAAAGCCUACUCGAGGUCGCAAGGCCGGCACCGCUACCAAAGUUCGCCGCACAAAGGCUCAGAUCCAGGCAGAUCAACAGGCACUGCUUUUGCAGCAGCAAGAAGCAUCUCUGGAUAAGCCUGCAACCACGACGAAGACCGAACGAGGGCGAACCCUCAUCCGACCGGAGAAUAACCCAAUCGGGGGGGACCUCCCACCCCUCGAAGAUGCACAGCGUCCCAUUGAGGUACCGUUGCCCCCAUAUCCUACAACGGAUCCGUCAUUUGCUGCUCAGACCAUCGCAAACUCGGCAACGGUAUCCCAUACAAGUUAUUGGUCGGUUCCUGAGCAAAACAAAUUCCCCGAAUUGCUUAAGUACUACGGUCGUGAUUUUGCCGCGAUUGCAGACUUUAUGAAGACUAAGAGUCAGACCAUGAUCAAGAACUACUUUGUACGGCAGCUCAGCGAUCCCAAGAACGAAUUCGACAGGUUUGCUCAAAUGGGCGACCAAGCUCGAUUAGAGGGGAAGAUACCCGACCAACCCCCUAGCCCCAUCGCCCCGGCGAAACGUCGCUAUGACCAUCUACCGCCGGCACCAUCAAUUCCUCGACCUCCUCAAGUUGAGCAGGUAGUGGUUGAUUCAGAUGCCAUAGCCCCUGCCAUCAAGGCUGGAGUCAUCGAAGAAUUCCCACGCGGCAAGAUCGAACGAAGUUCCACUGGUGAGAUAAUUUCCAACCCCCGAAUAGUUGCACAAGAGUUGGCUCGCGAAACGCCGCUCUCUGGACCAAGUUCUGCCAAACUUCUGGAGCACUCUAGACUGGCCAAUGAUCGCAGUAACUUGUUCGGACCGAAGUCCCUGCAUGGUCCUAGAACAGGAAUUUUCCAGGAGGAAACACAUGGAUUUCAGCAAGCUCGCCAAAAUUUGCGCUUGGCCAUCGAUGAACGUUCACCUCAACUACUUCCACAGCACCCGCUUUCCGAAAUUCCUCGCUCUGAUAUCAAUCACGCCUCUUCGACGCCCACGCUGGCGCAAGCAAUGCUUGGUCAGCGGGAAAGGGAUGUUAUGGCCCAGCAACCUCAACUCCAGAUUCCCGGGAUGCCAAUUGCCCGAGCCCCUAGUUCUCAAUCUGACAAAUACGGCAAGCAACCUACCUUUCGUCCUGCUCAUAGCCGGAAUACCAGCUUGACUGGUCCCAGUGCAGCCUCUUUGGAACAUGCACAAGACCUUGCAUCACUACGUCGGACUGAGAUACAACGUCCGGUCUACUCUGCCACCGCGGCAGUAUCUCCAGCGCCUACUCCCACGGUCACCGCAGUAUCCCAGCCACCAAGGCCCGAGAUUCCUCAAGCCACCCAGCCGCCCCCUACAGCAGAGGCACCGAAGAAGAGGUCCAAUCUGUUUGGUCUCCUCAAUGAUGACCCAGGUGAUCCGCCUCCAAAGCGGCCUUCCCUGGAGCCUCCAAAACGACAGUCAAUUAUGUCUCCCCAGGUUGCACCAGGCUCUAUUCAUCAACCUUCUGUGCAGCAGCCUCGCAGUCAGGUCCUUCCUGAGGACGACACGGCGAUGAGAGGCGGAGGUAGUAGAGGUCUGUACAGUAUGGGUGGAGGAUUCCAGGCAGCAUCUGGUCAGCCAGCACCUCAAGAAUUUUCAACUGGGUUUUCAGCGACCCCGGCAAAAGAUCCCAAUGAUCCGUGGAUGGCUCGAUUUGAUCCGAGAAACCAAAGCACGCCUAGUGAACAGCAACAACGGACACACCACCACUCUCCUGCGCCAGGGCCUUAUUCUGUAGUGCCCCCAGUUCCACAGGCUACCAACGGACCCUCGCCCAAUUCAUUGCGGGCGGAAACGCCCCGCUCAAUGGAGCGCAGCGGUCUCGACCAUCGACGGACAUUACUGAGUGGCAUCGGUCCAAUACCCCACGCUCCUUCACCACCUCCUCAGCAGCUAGGUCCAAGUGGAGUGCCUCCGUAUCGCUCCGCCUCGGGCGGGUCUCACACACGGGGCGGGUCGAUGAGCUAUGCUGCAGGCCCAACAGCUGGCCAAGGUAACCAACUCAAUCAACAGCAGGUACCGCCGAGCCAUCCCUCGUCAACAGGCACAACGCCUGUGCCGAGCCUUCAUCACCGUGCUCAAUCAUCGCUAGAUUACAGCCAACCCCGACUAACCAUUCAGCAGCACAUUGCCCAGCAGAAGCAGCAGGAGCAGCAACAGCAACAUCGAGAGCACGAGAGACAAAUGCAGCGACAGCGAGAAAUUGAUUUUGUCCAGCGCGACCGUGAACGCGAAAGGGAGCAGCAGCAGCAGCAGCAGCAACAACAACACUUGCUCCGGCGAGAUCCAUAUGCUGUUGAACACCAUCCACCGACGAUGGUUUCUCGCCACAAUCAACUAAGUACAGCCGCGAAUCAGAAUCAUAUCGCGUUUGGACAGCGAGAAAUCCCUCGAACUUUUACACCACCUCACUCACAUACACAUGGACACUCUCCGUAUGGAGGACCUGGCUCCGCGCCUCUUGGCCAUCCUCAUGGCUUGCCACCCCAGGCCCAGCAUCCGCACCCGCAUCCGCACUCACACCAGCACCAGCAUCAACACCAGCACCAGGGACCACCACCACCAAACCAACCACAGGGCGCAGGCCAGCCUCCACCGCACCAGAUGCAUCAUCAUGUCCAUCAACCUCAACCUUCCAAUUCCAUUCACCCAGGAGCAGCUGGCCAUUUCAGAGGACUCAGCCAAGGCGGAGAUCCGAGACGAGAUGAACGACGUUAA